ACAGUAUGAUGAAAAAUGAAAUGACAUCGCAUUUAUUUUGAAAACUUUUUGGCAAGCAAUCAUCAGUUAGAUUUGUGCCUUUAGUAGUAAAACAUAAAGUGAAAAAGUAAUUUUUGUAGUGCGUACAAUAUGAAGGGAAUUAUCCUCGUAUUGCUGGCCUUCUGUGCCAUUGCUCAUGGAAGUAAACUCGUACGAGUUCCAAUUUACAAAGAACAAUCGGCUCGGGCCCACUUCCACAGUGUUGGAACCGAUAUUAAACAACUCCGUUUGAAGUACUCUGUUGGCGGACCGACACCGGAACCAUUAUCAAACUAUUUGGACGCUCAAUAUUUCGGUGCUAUUUCCAUUGGUACGCCGCCACAAAGCUUUAAGGUGGUUUUUGACACAGGAUCCUCAAAUCUAUGGAUACCGUCGAAGCAAUGCAAGUACACCAACAUUGCGUGUCUCAUGCACAACAAAUACGAUGCCAAGAAGUCGUCAACGUUCCAAAAGAAUGGCACUGCAUUCGCUAUACAGUAUGGCUCGGGAAGCUUAUCUGGUUACUUAUCCACUGACACGGUGAAUAUCGGUGGCUUGGACAUUCCCAAGCAAACUUUUGCCGAAGCCAUCAGCGAACCGGGUCUAGUGUUCGUCGCUGCUAAAUUUGACGGAAUUUUGGGAUUGGGCUACAGUUCGAUUUCCGUCGAUGGAGUGGUGCCUCCAUUUUACAAUAUGUUCAACCAGGGACUGGUAUCGGAACCAAUUUUCUCAUUUUAUUUGAAUCGUGACCCAAGCGCUUCGGACGGCGGUGAAAUUAUUUUCGGUGGAUCGGAUUCGAAGCAUUACACUGGCGAUUUUACGUAUUUGCCAGUGGAUCGUAAGGCUUAUUGGCAAUUUAAAAUGGACGGUGUUGAUGUCAAUGGACAAAAAUUCUGUGAGAAUGGUUGCGAGGCAAUCGCUGACACUGGAACUAGUUUGAUUGCUGGACCAUUGAGUGAAACAACUAAAAUCAAUCAAGCCAUUGGUGGCACACCGAUUAUGAACGGUCAGUACAUGGUGUCCUGUGAAUUGAUACCUCAGCUGCCGAAAAUAUCGUUCACCUUAGGCGGAAAAGUUUUUGAAUUGGAGGGAGUCGAUUACAUUCUAAGGAUCGCUCAAAUGGGAAAAACGAUUUGCAUGUCUGGAUUCAUGGGAAUCGACAUCCCACCACCGAAUGGACCGCUGUGGAUUCUGGGUGACGUUUUCAUUGGAAAAUAUUACACCGAAUUCGACAUGGGCAACAACCGUGUUGGCUUUGCUCAGGCUGUGUAAGUUAUGAGGAAGAGUUACGCUAAGAACUUUGUAGAAAUAAAUUAGUCGUUUCGAUUCAUGUUCUCAAUUUUUAUGACGGAAAUUAUAGAGAUUCUGUGUUAAAUAAA